CUGAAUGGUUGAGUGUUGAGGCAAUUGAACUCAACUUACCAUUCAUUUGAUUGAAUAGACAAUCAAUUGAUAAGAAGUGAUUGUUUGUGAAGAAGACAUAUUUGAUAUGAAUUUCAUUGAAACCAAUGAUUGAUUUGUUUUGUCAUAAGAGUCAACACUUCUGAAGGGAUUUUCCCCGAAGUUGUCGCAAUUGCGUGGAAUCCGUCAUCAAUGUUGGAUCAGUUGAAGACAUGGAGUCAACCAUAAGAGAGAGACUGUCAUUAGUGGCGGCCAUCGGUUGUGGCAUAGCUUUCGGAGUGUCCGGUAUUUACACGUAUUUCGUGACAAACCGUCAAAUCAAUGAUCAGAUCAAUAGUCUCACGAAUACUGUCGAAGACCUUAAGAACGAAGUGAAGGAACUGAAGGCCCAAUCGAUGGCCGCCUCUCAAACACAUUCACCCAUUCAUUCACAACUGUUUCACUUUGACUCCGGAGCCGAUGGAAGCGAUCCAUUCAUUAAUCGUCUCAACUGUUCCGGUGAUAACUUUUCCGUCAAUCGGUGCCAAAUCGACGGUCAAUUGAAUGCCCCUCCGGUUGACUCCAGUGUCACCACUGAUGACAACGAAGAGUUCUUCGACUUUACCGAAGGAGAAACAGAAUCUGAACACAACGUCUCAAUCAAUUAUGGCAACAGUUUUGACACCAAAUUAGACAAUAAUUAUAAGAAUAGUGAUAUCUCUUUGGAGCAAUUGAUCCAUAAAUUUGACACAUUGUUAGAGGACUCGUCUGUCAAUAAGAAAGAUCUUUACGAACAGAUUCUUGAGACCCAUUCGAAGUUUGGUAAAUCUGUGGACAUAAUGUGGAGGACAGCAAAAGCCACACAUUUAUAUGGAAUCUCAGCUCAAAAGGAGUCCAAUAAAGAACUGAUGAAGAGUUUAGCGUUUGAGACAUUAGAUUACGCUAAGAAAGCCAUUGAAUUGGAUGAGAAAAAUCCUGAAUGUCACAAAUGGUAUGCGAUAGCCAUCGGAUCUCUUAGUGAUUUCAUUACUACCAAAGAGAAGAUAUCAAAUGGCAAUCAAUUUAAGAAACACUUAGACAUAGCUUUAGAUUUGAAGCCAAAUGACCCGUCUCUACACCAUAUGUUGGGCCGCUUUUGCUACGAAGUGUCGCACCUGAGUUGGGUCGAGCGGAAGGUGGCCUCCGCUCUCUUCUCCAAAGUCCCCGAGUCUUCAUUUGACGACUCUUUACGUCAUUUCCAAAAAGCAUAUGAUUUGAGACCCGAAUGGAAAGAGAAUAUUCUGUUCAUCUCAAAGAUCCUGAUGAGUCAGAAGAAGUACAGCGAAGCCACUAAAUGGAUAGACAGGGGGUUAGCCAUGAAAUGCAUCGGUGAGGACGAUGUCAUUGCUCACCAACAGUUAGAUUUACUUAAUACUAAAGUUCUUAAACAUAAAUAACAAUAUUUUCUAUUUAAUUUCUAUUAGAUUUAAUUGCAAGCUUGACAAAAAUUAUGUUUAUUUAUUAGAAUUUAUUUUUCUAUACACUAUUAUUACGGUACCUUUUUAUGUUUCAAACUGUUUGAACAAAUGACCACAAAAUGUGUCCAAAGAUCAGACCU